AUGUCAACUGUCUUAUGUAUAUUAAAACUACAACUAGUCACAAUGGCUUCAAAGAAACCGGUUAAUCGCCCAUCGGUGAGGCAUCCAAGUCACAACCAUCCGCUGCGCAGCUUUAAAGUCAAAGCCGAAGAUGAGAUCAUCUGCUCUGGAUGCGAGCUUGACCUAACCGGACAAGCUUUCAAAUGUACGAAGAAAGAUUGCGAUUACUUCUUGCACAAGUCAUGUUUCGACCUACCCGGUGAAACCAAACACAAGUCUCACCUAGACCACCAUUUGACCCUGCUCCAUUCCCCACCGUAUGGUCAGUCUUACACCUGCGAUGCCUGUGGUGAAUACGGAUCCGGAUUCACUUACAACUGUUCUGAAUGCCAGUACGAUGUUCAUGUCGGAUGUGCAUUUAUCCCUGAAACCGUAGAGCGCGAAGAUCACGAACAUCCACUCACUCUGCUUUACAACACACCGUGCAAAGGCCGCGAGGACGGUGCGAUGUUCAUAUGUGAUGUUUGUGAAGAAGAUAUGUCGGAGAAUCUUUGGGUUUAUUACUGCAAACAAUGUGAUUAUGGGACACAUGUACAUUCUUGCGCGGUUUAUGAAGAGUCUGAUCAGCCAAAGAAAGGAGGAGAAUCGAGCUCCGCGGUUUCAAGGAUGAAGUCGUUGAUGAAGGCUCAAGACGAGAUGGCGGCGUUGCAGCUCGAGGCACGUAUUAGGAACGAUACUAAUAAUGCUAUCCUCGAUUUAUGGGAUGAACCAAAGCGAAGAUAUUAUUGGUGA